AUGUACCGAUCCCCUCCGGCUCAUGUAAAACUGCAGCACACUGUCUCCUCUAUUGCGUUUGUGCGAUGCGACAAUGCUCAUGCUGUCGGGACUUUCCGCUAUCGCGUGGAGACGGCCAUUGCUGAUGGUACUGCUGAAGGUGCAUUCUUUUGUUUUGAUGGUGUAGUGACGAAAUUACAUAGCCUCAGAGCAAGUGAAGCUGGUCAAAUGCUGGCUGAAGGAGUAAACCCUGAGGACUUUAAGAUGCCUCCAUUUACUACCCAUAUAGAAGCAAAGUCAUACACUUUCCAAUUCAGUUUGAUGUCUCAAGCAUAUAUAAUCAAGUAG